GUGGUGGUACAUUUCCCUCAGUAAGUCACUACACUGCUUCCUCAUUCUCUAAGUCCCUAUACUGACCGAGGACUGAGGGAGAGAGGAGACGAUAAGCGAAAUCAAUGAAUCACACAGACACUUAAUUAUUCUGCAGGAGUAAAAGUUCUGAGUGAAUCAGUUCCAGUGGUGAACUGGGUCACAGAGGGCUAUCUCAGGGACCCAAUUGGUCUGGGUUAUAGUGAACUGAACUAGAACGAACCGACCUGGCCUGAACCGGGACAAAGUAGGACCAUGGCAGCAACUCCCGUAGGGGUGUACAAGAGGAGGGACACCAUCACAGCUCUACCUCUGUACUAUUCAGGACACCUGCUGAAGAAAUACACUGGAGAGAAAGACUUCAAGAAAUGUUAUGGAGAGCUCCGUGGAUCUACAAUCUUUCUGUACACAGACCAGAUGCACGACACAUACUCUGAGAAACUGGACCUUCAGAUGUUGAAGUCGAUGGCGAUGGAUGCUCCCUAUCAAAAGAACAGGUCGACCAUCUACACUCUCACCCUGUCCAAUGAGGAGGUGCAGCUUAAGGUGGAUAACCCCAACACAGGAGAGGAGUGGAGAGGCUUCAUCAUGACUGUGGCCACUAGGGAGAUCCCCAGUAAGUUGCAGCUGCUCCCAGGUCAGAUACUGAGGCUGGAAGAGGUUCUGUCUGAGGAGCAGAAGAGACUGGCCCCCUGUUCUCCUCUGCCUACCACCACCUACCCUAUCCAUCCCUCCUCCUCCCCAGGCAACACAUAUGACAACACCUUCUCUGGAAUCCCCCCCUGUUUCUUCCCUGUGUCUCGUCAGAAGGCAGAGAAGAUGUUGAAAGAGAACACAGAGUACGGCAACAUCAUCCUCCGCCCCUCGACCGACAACACUAACUACGCCAUCACCUUGAGACAGGACAACCCCAGUGGCCCGGUGAUGAAGAGCUACAAAGUGCUUUCCAUAGACACAGGCUUCGUCAUAGAACUAAAUUCGCCGGUGACUGUCCCUUCCCUGGCGGCGGUGCUAGAUCACUUCCUGAUUGAGACAGAGUUCCGUCUACAACCAUACCUGGUUCCGCAGACCUACGACACCUGCAUUGAGCUGCCACCCGUAAAGUCCACUUUGCCACCCAAAACGGUCCCGAGGGCAAGAGUGGCACCGAUGAUCCACACACAGUCCCCGGCGGGGGACACCCCUCCCUCCUAUCCCAUACCCCUAAUUCCAACCAAAGCCACGGAGGCAGGGAACGAAUAUCAGGACGCAGAUGACAUAUCAGGCCCCGAACCUAAAGAUCUGCAUCAGGAGCUUCGCAUAGCAUUACAGAGGAGGAAGGAACAGAUCUACACAGGGACACCGUUUUUACGCCCUACACAAAAAUAACACGCACCAACAGCAGUACCGUCAAACUGUCACCGAGGAAAACGCCCUCCUCCAGUGUAAUCUUGUCUAAAUCACCACUAACAGCACGUAGCUACGUCAUCUACUGUAUCUAGCAUGGUUUUAUGUCUGACAUAAAGAGGCACUAUACAAGCAGGGGAGUUUGUACCAUCAAGUCCCAAUGGCAAGGCAACAUCCUGAAAAUCCUCCGUGUGCCAAUGCCAAUACGUGUAGAACGGGCUUCAGUGAAUGACAUCUAAUUCAAACUACUUUUUCAAAUAAGCACUACAAAAAGAGAAACGAAUCAAGUUUAAACUGUAGUGAUAUGUAAAUAUCGUCUUGUUUGUACUGUUUGAAUCAUGCUGGCUUUUUAAAUAAAAACGUUUUAUUUUAUUUUAAUUUUUACAGCUCAUGCUUCUCUCGAGUUGAACAUAACACAAUGUUAUAUAGAUUCUGUGUAAUAUCAUUUUGCAUAAAAAUUAACACUGGCCUAGA